GUUCAACGACAAGCAGAGAUGAGGAAACUUGUAUUUCUGCUCACUUUUGUUCUGUGCAUAAGUGGCACACUUCAAAAAAGGGGUAAACAGAGGAUGAAAAGGCAGAACAGCUCUGACUCUGCCUUCCCCAUGCCCAGAACAUUCAAUGCGGGCCUCGUAACUAGGACAGUUGUCCAAAAUGGGACUCAGGCUUUUAAUUCAUCUCCUUCUCAUCCAGCUCUGACGUUACGAAGCAACAGCACAGCAGGGUACCUCAACAGCGCUCUCAGCACCCGGGUCAUCCCCAUUAUUUAUAUCCUGGUGCUUACUGUCGGGAUCCCGGCCAAUGCUGCCAUCUUGUGCACGUUGGCCUCUAAAAUUAGGAAGGUGUCCUCUGCCAUUCUGUACUGCAGCCUGGCUGUCUCCGACCUCUUCCUCCUCCUCUCCCUCUUCUUCAAGGCUCACUACCAUUUCUAUGGAAACCACUGGGUUCUCGGAGAAGCCGCCUGUCGAGUGGUCACGGCCUGUUUCUAUGGCAACCUCUAUUGCUCGGCCCAGACGUUGGCCUGCAUCAGCAUCAAGCGCUACCUGGCUGUAGUGCACCCGUUCAAGUACAAAUCCCUGCCCAAGAGGAUGUGCACCGCCUGGGUCACGUUUGCCGUGUGGGUGGUGUUUGGAGCCGCCGUUGUCCCUGAACUCCUCGUCCAGCAGAGCUACUGGCUCCCUGAGCUGGGACGCUUCACCUGCCAUGAUGUACUGCCUCUGGACAAUGACUCCCAUAUGUUCCUGCUCUACUACAACCUGAUCCUGACCAUCUUCGGCCUCCUGCUGCCGCUGGUAAUCACUGUUGUGUGCUUCAUACGAAUCGUCUGUGAGCUCAACCGGUCACACAACGACUGGUCGUUAUACAUCAAGGCCAGCUCACUGGUGUUUGCCAUCUUCCUGCUGUGUUUUACACCUGCUGGUGUUUUGCACUUCCUCCAUUACGUGCAGCUGUUUGUGGACAGAACAGAGACUCUGUACGUGUACUUUAACGUGGCGGUGUGCUUGUGUUGCCUCCAUGCCUGUCUAGACCCUUUCCUCUUUCUCUUGAUGUCCAAAUCUGCAGGCUCCAGCCGUUACUUCAGGGCCUUUAAAGGCAAGACCCUGAGCAUAUCUGUUUAAGAGACUCAUGAUGCCAAAAUCUGAUCAUCAUACAGAGAAACUUUUAUCAAUUUACAGACUCCGACUAACCUAACCUCAAUCUGCAUUUUUUAAGAUUGUGAAAGUUAAUCUUACAAACAGGACCGACAUUUCUUUGACUAAUCAAUCUGGUAGUUAUUUGGAAAUCUGGUAGAGUCAGGGUUGGGUUUGAUUUGAAUCUAAGAGCACAUGUGGGUCAAGUGAAAGUUCCAACAGCCCCGGGAGGUUACCCCUGGAAGCUUGAAAUGUCUAACUGGGUAACUUGGGCACUAGACUGAAGCCGGCCCAGUUCAGUUUUACUUGCCAGGGUGUAGGUUGAAGAGGCUAAUGCUGAAAAUAACAGGAACUUCUCACUAUAUUUAGCUUCUAAACAUUAAGUAAGUAUUUCUUAAAGUAAAUUUUUUCUACCAGAUUUAUCUCAAUAUUUGUCAUAUUUAGCUUUUUUAUAAAAAAACAAAACAAAUUGAAGAUUGCCAAUUUUAAAUCUAAAUGUGUAUUACUUCAAAUAAGUAACGUUUUGUCUAAUACAUUUUCUUUGAGUAUUUUCAUUUUUAUUUUGUUGUUGAAUUGGGGGGAAAGGUUUUUUGGGGCUGGAAUCCAAAAAGAAAGUAAAAGGACCUCCACUGCAUCUUGUUAACAAGAUUUGGACUUGAUUCUUGUCAUCAUUUAGAUAACUUCUUCUUGCACAUAUACCUAUAGUUUUGUCUCUGGUUGUCUGUGACAAAGGGAAUGAGCAGACACAUUCUGAAUAUGCUAUAAAUGGUCAAAUAUAUAAAUGUAUUAACGCACAACAGUUAAUGUUGUAGGCCUAUUGCUUUUCCCUCUGUAGACAUUCGAGAAAAAUUACACGAAAAUAACUUCAUCCUCAUGUGGGGAGUAUUUACAAUAAGCUUGAAAUAUGUUACUUACCAUAAACAAUGUGAAACAGGCUGACUUUAGGAAAUAAGUCUCCCAAACUUUUGUGUAUUCCUGUAAUCAUAUAUACAGUGCCGUCCAUUCAAUAAAAUUGAAACUAUCUCCAAGA